UCCCUCCGUCUGCCUCCCUCCCAUCUGAAGGAGCAUCUUACGGGCUAAUCAGGUGGCGCUCUCCCUCCAGCCUCAGCAUCCGCCGCCUCCCAGAAGAGGAAAAGCCGACAGACGGUGGUGCUCCGUGCGGGGAGGUGUCCUGUGAUCGUGUUGUUGUUGUUGUUGUUUUUCUUCCACCACCACCACCACCACCCCUCCUUCCUUCUUUACGGCCGAACAUGGUGGAAAUGUCGGAUGUGGCGUGCGUUCUCGUCCCGCUGCUGGUGUUCGCGGGGUCCACCUUCCAGGCGGACGUGAAGAGCGUCCGAGAGGCGGAGAAAUCCGGGAAUUUCAUGGAAGACGAGCAGUGGCUGUCCACCAUUUCACAGUACAGCCGCAAGAUCAAGCACUGGAACCGCUUCCGAGACGAGGUUGAGGAUGAUUAUGUGCGUACCUGGGAUGAAAAUCAAGGCUCCAAUGAGAAUGUAGACACCACCAAGGACCCUUGUCAAAAGGUUAAGUGCAGCCGACACAAGGUGUGCAUCGCCCAAGGCUACCAGAGAGCCGUGUGCGUCAACCGCAAGAAGCUCGAGCACAGACUGAAGCAGCCCGCUCUCCGCUCCCCUGAUGGGAACUGUCAGCCCUGUCCCAUCUCCUCCACCGGGCCGGUGUGUGGAUCAGAUGGACACAACUACGCCUCAAAGUGCAAGCUGGAGCAGCAGGCGUGUCUCACUGGGAAAGCGCUCACCCUGAAGUGUUCAGGUCUGUGUCCUUGCCCGACUGCAGGCCCUGCAUCCAGGGAGGGGAAACGCGAGAGCUGCACCGGGCAGGAUCUGUCUGAUCUCGGCGAGCGUCUGAAGGACUGGUUCCAGCUCCUGCAGACCAACGCCAAGCAGAACAACAACAGCAAGCAAGGGGCCAGAGUCCCGGCCGCCGGCGCCACGUCAGUGCUGGACAGGAGCCUGGUCGCCAGCUGUAAGGACUCCAUAGGGUGGAUGUUCUCCAAGCUCGACACCAAUAAUGACCUUUACCUGGAUCAGGCUGAGCUGGCCGCCAUCAACCUGGACAAAUAUGAGGUCUGCAUCCGGCCAUUCUUCAACUCCUGCGACUCGUACCGGGAUGGAAAGGUUUCCACUGCCGAAUGGUGCCUCUGCUUCUGGAGAGAGAAGCCACCUUGCCUAGCGGAACUGGAGAGGAUUCAAGUACUGGAUGGUGGAAAGAAAAAGUUUGGUCGAUUCAUCCCCAGCUGCAACGAGGACGGCUACUACAGGAAGCAGCAGUGCGACAGGGGCGAGUGCUGGUGCGUCGACCAAAACGGAGGAGAAGUGGCGGGCUCUCGAAUCCGCGGCAAACCCGAUUGCGAUUCUGAAAUGACAUAUUCAGGGGAUUUUGGCAGCGCAGUUGGAUGGGAAGACGAGGAGGAGAAGGAAGCUGAGGAGACUGCAGAGGAGGCUGAGGAGGAGGAGGGAGAGGUGGGAGAGGUGGAUGACGGGGGGUACAUCUGGUAAAGGGUCAGUGUUGAGUCCAGCCUCUAUGUGGGAGCAUUUCAACGUUCCCAAGCACACACACACACACACACACACAUAGACACACACAUAGACACACACACACGCUGCUGACGAUGGACGUGAUGAAGACACUCCACUCAGAUUAACACUGGAUUAUAAAAACAUGAGGGGACGUCAUGAUUCAGAAGGAGGGGUCAGAUCAGUUAGUGGAGUAAUUAUUGUUUCAGGAUGUUCUUAUCUUGGGUGGGAUGGGUGGGU